ACAGAUCUCGGAAGGGAAGAGGACAUCUUCCAUCACAACUCGGACUGUUUCUCCUCCUCUAUAAAACCGACCAUCUUCCCCAAUCUCUCUCUCUCUCUACCCCUCUCUCUCUCCUCUUUCAAAGAAAAAAGCAGAGCAGCAACAAUGGCGGCAGCGCAGAAACCAACCCCUCUGCUGAAAGAUGAGUUAGAUAUAGUGAUACCGACAAUAAGAAACCUAGAUUUUCUGGAGAUGUGGAGGCCGUUCUUCGAGCAGUACCAUCUAAUCAUCGUACAAGACGGCGAUCCUUCGAAAGUGAUUAAGGUUCCAGAAGGCUUCGAUUACGAACUCUACAAUAGGAAUGACAUCAACAGAAUCCUCGGUCCGAAGGCUUCCUGCAUCUCUUUCAAAGAUUCCGCUUGUCGCUGCUUUGGUUACAUGGUUUCCAAGAAGAAGUAUAUCUACACCAUUGAUGAUGAUUGCUUUGUUGCCAAGGAUCCAUCUGGAAAUGACAUAAAUGCCCUCGAGCAGCACAUCAAGAAUCUCUUGAGCCCAUCAACUCCACUCUUCUUCAACACUCUUUACGACCCGUACAGAGACGGAGCGGACUUUGUUCGUGGAUACCCUUUCAGCCUACGUGAGGGUGUGCCCACUGCCGUUUCUCACGGUCUCUGGCUCAAUAUCCCGGAUUACGAUGCGCCAACUCAGCUCGUUAAGCCCCGUGAGAGAAAUACCAGAUAUGUGGAUGCUGUUUUGACUAUUCCAAAGGGAACGAUUUUCCCAAUGUGUGGUAUGAAUUUGGGGUUCAACCGUGAUUUGAUUGGGCCCGCAAUGUACUUUGGGCUCAUGGGCGAUGGUCAGCCGAUCGGGCGUUACGAUGACAUGUGGGCUGGCUGGUGCACCAAGGUGAUAUGCGACCAUUUGAAUCUUGGAGUGAAAACGGGUCUCCCAUACAUAUGGCACAGCAAAGCGAGCAACCCGUUUGUGAACCUUAAAAAGGAGUACAAAGGUAUCUAUUGGCAAGAAGACAUCAUUCCGUUUUUCCAAAAUUUGACUAUCCCGAAAGAAUGCACUACUGUUCAACAGUGCUAUCUUGAGCUUGCUAAGCUUGUCAAAGAGAAGCUUUCAACCAUCGAUCCUUACUUCACAAAGCUCGCUGAUGCUAUGGUGACGUGGAUCGAAGCUUGGGAUGAGCUCAACCCUUCUGCUGACGUGGCGAAGGUCGCUGCAAAAUAGGCCCCCGGAAUCAUAUUUAAAGAGUAUUUGGUUCGGUUUUAUUUUCUUUUCAGUAUCUUUAUAAUUUAUUACGAUUUUGCUGUGGAACGAGGUUUGGUAAUGUUUCCGGAUUAGAUUCAAGCAUUUUGUUUUUUCUCCUCCUAUUGCGGUUGUAACGUUGGAUUCAUAUUUAUUUCGAUAUUAUUAAGUUUUUUUCGUAA